CCGGGAUCCGCGGUCGGGAGGAGCAAGCGCGAGGGGUCCGCCGCCUCCCGGGAGCCCCCAGAGCCCGCCACCAUGAGUGAAAUUCCUCAGGAUUCCUUGAAGACCAUUCUGUUGGAAUUAGAAUGUCACUUUACAUGGAAUUUAUUGAAGGAAGACAUCGAUCUGUUUGAUGUAGAAGAUACAAUUGGGCAACAACUUGAAUUUCUUACCACAAAAUCCAGACUUACUCUUUAUAACCUACUGGCUUAUGUGAAACACCUAAAAGGCCAAAAUAAAGAUGCCCUAGAGUGCUUAGAACAAGCAGAAGAAAUAAUCCAGCGAGAACACUCAGACAAAGAAGAAGUACAAAGUUUGGUUACUUGGGGAAACUAUGCCUGGGUGUAUUUCCACAUGGGUCACUUUGAAGAAUCUCAGAAGUAUGUAGACAUGGUGGGGAACACCUGCAAGAAACUGUCCAGUCCUUCUCACUACAAGUUGGAACGUCCUGAGAUUGACUGUGAGAAAGGGUGGGCACUCUUGAAAUUUGGAGGAAAGUAUUAUCAAAAGGCUAAGGUGGCUUUUGAGAAGGCUCUGGAAGUGGAACCUGACAAUCCUGAAUUUAAUAUCGGCUACGCCAUCACGGUGUAUCGGCUAGAUGAUUCUGACAGGGAAGGCUCUGUAAAGAGCUUUUCUCUAGGCCCUCUAAGGAAGGCUGUUACCCUGAACCCAGAUAACACCUACAUUAAGGUUUUUCUGGCACUGAAGCUUCAAGAUGUACAUGCAGAAGCUGAAGGGGAGAAGUAUAUUGAAGAAAUCCUGGACCAGAUAGCAUCCCAACCUUAUGUCCUUCGUUAUGCAGCCAAAUUCUACAGGAGAAAAAAUUCCUGGGACAAAGCUCUUGAACUUUUGAAAAAGGCCUUGGAAGUAACACCAACCUCUUCUUUCCUGCAUCACCAAAUGGGACUUUGCUAUAGGGCACAAAUGAUCCAAAUCAAGAAGGCCACUCGCAACAAACCUAAAGGAAAGGACAAGCUAAAGGUGGAUGAGCUGAUUACAUCAGCUAUAUUUCAUUUUAAAGCAGCUGUGGAACGAGACUCUAUGUUUGCAUUUGCCUACACGGACCUGGCCAACAUGUAUGCUGAGGGCGGGCAGUACAGGAACGCUGAAGACAUUUUCCAGAAAGCCCUGCGUCUAGAGAACAUAACUGAUGAUCACAAACAUCAGAUCCACUACCACUAUGGCCGCUUCCAGGAAUUUCACCGUAAAUCAGAAAAUACUGCCAUCCAUCAUUAUUUAGAAGCUCUGAAGGUCAAAGACAGGUCAUCCCUACGCACCAAACUGACAAGUUCGCUGAAGAAAUUGGCUUCCAAGAGACUUAGUCACAGUGGCUCAGAUAGGCAGAGUUUAAUUGCCCUUGGGUUUGUUUAUAAACUGGAGGGAGAGAAGAGGCAAGCUGCUGAGUACUAUGAGAGGGCCCAAAAGAUAGAUCCAGAAAGUGCAGAAAUCCACACGGCUCUCCGUGAGCUUCGAAUUUCUAUUUAAAAACACACUCUAGGAAAUUAGUACUAAGCUUUCCCAUCCGUUUUGGGUUCUAUGAUUUUGUUUAUUGUUUCAAUCCAUUGUCAUUAUAGAAUCAAUUUUUAUUGAAUGGUUAUUGUAUACCAGGCAUCAUACUAUUUCAUAUACAAUUUUUGAUG